CAGUCCCCGAACUCGUAAUAGAACUAAAAUAAGUAAGAUCGGAAUAAAAUUAUGGCCUAACCCUGACCUGGUACACACUACGGGAGUACCGAAUUAACAGUUUUUUUAUUUUUUUCAGAAAUUAAACGCUUUUCUGGUCAUACCGUGAGACUCAAUUUUUCAAAUUAAAAUAUUAUUCCUAAAUUCGAAAUCUGAUAUCAUUCAUUUGGAAUUGAUUUGAAUCAUUUUGGACAUUCCUGGUCAUAUUAUUUAACAAUGUCGAUGUUAGUUUGGUGAUUUUUUAGAGGUGUUUUUAACUUUUAAUUGGAUCAGGAAAUCUAAAAUAAAUCGGAUACAGUGAUAACUAUUACUUUAAAUUCUCGAUUUUAUAAUCCAAAAUAUUAUCAUUAUUUCAUUUCGUCAUUAUAUAGUGAUUGUCAUUAUAUUUGCCAUUUAAGUUUUUUAACCUGAUAUUAGAUACAUUCUAUAUUCUAAAAUAUAAUUUUGGAAUGUAUCCCUCUAAUUUUUCUGUUGUGCACGACUCAAGUAUAUGAUGAACAUGUGCUAAUUAAAAAUAUAUCCACAAUUUUAAAAUAUAAGUUUUCAUAAUUUCUAUCAACUCAUAAUGAUUUGUGCAAAUUUCUCCGUCCAAAAUAACCAAGCUAGAAUAUAUUCAGAUUCAGAUGUUUAAUUUUGUAGUGCAAAAAAAAUAUUGUGCAUUUGAACAAAAAAUAAAAAUUAGAUACAUACUUUGAAAUGAAAAGUACAAUAUUUAAAAUGCAUUAGACGAGAGGGCACAUAAGAGAUUUAUAUUUAAAUUUACUUAGUAUAUGUGUUUGGGAAAUCAAUAAAUGGGAAACAUGUCCUAAUUAAAAGAAUAUCAUUGAUACUACUUUAUUCAAUUUCUAUCAAUUUAUAAAGCUUUGUGCAAGAUUUUCUGCCAACAUAACUAAAGCUAGAAUACAUUCAAUGUUUGCAUUUAAAUUUUUUUUGUGUUUGGUAAAAAUCAACAUGUCCUAAUUAAGAAUAUGAAUGGUACAUUAUUCAAUUUCUAUCGAUUUAUAAUGCUUUGUGCGGAUUUAUUUGAUGAACUAGACAAAAAGAAUAAGACAUGGUAUUCAUAAAGCUCUGUUACAAUUUCAUUUUUGUUAUGUUGCUUUAUUUUAUCAGUGUUUAUUAAGUAUUUUUACUUCAUUUAAUACAUCUGUGAGGUAACAAACUAUAUAUAGUUUCGAUAAAUUCUAUUUGCAGUUUUAAAAAUUUAAGUCUUCAUGAAUGCCCUGUAUAUUCAGUAUUUUGAAUAGUAUGUUAUUCAGUCUUGGUCGUCCCUACUGCUUUAAAUUUAAUUUUUCGUGUUGGUUAGCUUAUUUAGGAUAGAGUAGGUUUAAACUUUGACCUUUGGUUGGUUGAAUUUGUUCAUUCGUUCAGCAAUGGGAAGUGGGGAGUCUACACCAAUGGUGGAACAGAAGCCAACAGCUGCAGCCACUGGGCCUCCAUCAGAAUGUCCAAUGCACAACAAGACAACUGACCAACAAUAUCCCAGUGAAUGUCCGAUGAGUGGAGGUCAGAGUUCAGAGAUUGACCCUACAAAUAUGAUGCCGCCCCCUAAUCAACAGCCGUCACCAGAUCAGCCUUUUCCUCUGUCAACAGACAGAAUUGUGUCAUCAAUUCCUAAAGGAGAAGCAAAGGAAGGUGAAAGAUGGGUUUACCCCUCGGAACAAAUGUUUUGGAACGCGAUGUUACGCAAAGGCUGGCGUUGGAAGGAUGAUGACCCUCAGGAAGGAGAUAUGACCAAUAUCAUUUCGAUACAUAACGCUAAUAAUGAACAAGCCUGGAUGGAAGUCUUGAAAUGGGAGGCCUUCCAUGCCAAAGAAUGCCCCUGUGGCCCAAAAUUAUUAAAAUUUGGGGGAAAAGCGAACGAAUUUUCUCCGAGAGCAAGAAUAAGGAGUUGGAUGGGCUACGAACUUCCGUUUGAUCGUCACGACUGGGUGAUUGACAGAUGCGGAAAGAAAGUUCGCUACAUCAUUGAUUAUUACGAUGGAGGGGCUGUUAACCCGGAAACGUUUCAAUUCACAAUUUUGGAUGUCAGACCAGCGCUGGAUUCGUUCGGAGCUGUUUGGGAUCGUUCUAAAGCUUGGUACAUGAGGUUGACGAAUUUUGGGGGAGGAGACGCAGAUUCUACGAUCGAAAAAAACAAGAAAGUCAUCCACAAUGGAAUUCCGCAAGAAUCUGAUUCGAAUACGCAACGCAUGACUUCACAAAUGACAUCACAAUCAGACAUUCCGGCAGAAUGCCCAAUGCAUACCUCUAAAUCAUAGUGAUCUCAUAAUAUAUCUACAGUGAUGUCACAAUUGCUAUAAAGUUUGAAUACUGUGAUGUAAUUGACCAUAUUUUUUAUACGCUUCCUAUUUAUUGACUUUGUUCGGUUAGAAAGUGGUUAUGGAUAAAGUAGCGAGUUAUUAUCGUCUUGUGGGAAGGCACACAAAGUACUUUUAGAAAUGACUGACGACAUCUGUUUAUUUCAAGUUUCCCUCAUUUCCAAAUCUUAACUCUUUGACGUCGAUGUGUAAUUUAUUAAAUAUGACCGAUGUAAAAUACAGGGUGUCCAUAAAGUCCCUUUACAAUUUUGUUAUGAAGUCAAUUCUCGCUAUAUAUCUUAACGAGGUUUGUUGUUUUUCAAUCAGUAAUUAUUUUACCUCAUUUAAUACAUCUGUGAGCGCCAAAACAAUAUCUGGUAUCGAUAAAUACCCUUUGCAAUUUAAAAUAUUUUGUAAUACUUUAUGGACACCCUACAUAUUCCAUAUUUUACAUUCAGAAUCAUAGAUAAUGACUGGGUUUUGACCAUCUUCAGUUCCAAGUCUUACAGUGUAGCGUUUGUUAUCUUUUAAUAUUGCCAAGUUUUCCUUAUAAAUUGUUUUGUUUGCUGUUGAAUAAAAUAUUAA